GGAAACUGGCCGUUCAGAAACAAACGGCUGGGCAGUUUGUUUUCGGGUGAAGUGAGCGGAUACGUUCACCGAGCCGUUUCUUACACGCUCUGAUUUCUGAGGAGAAGCCGUUAAACGCGGAAGCGGUGGCGCCGUCUGCUUCCUCCGCCGGCCGUACUUCAGCGCUAACGGUUUCCGCGCCACUUCCGCGUCUCGUGUUUCUGUGUGGAUCCCUUCGACCCUGUUUCAGACGCUGAGUUCGCGUCUCUGGAGCCGAAGCCGUCCGAGGCUCACACGCCUGCCUGCGGUCGCGCUGUUCCGCGUUUGUCCGGCGGCAGGUCGCCAUGACGCAGAGAAAGCGGCUGUCCGGCGCACAGAGCUCCUCUCAGAGCAGAAGACCACCUGGUACCUUAGUGUCUCAGGAAGAGGAUGAUGACCCAAGCUUCACUCAGCCAAGUACGUCACAGAUCCAGAGAGGGCUGGAGAAGCUCACACCUGCACAGGUCGACCAAAAGACGGCUGAGGUGGUGCAGUACUUUUUGGUGAAGGACCAAAAGAAGAUUCCCAUACGUCGAGCAGAUCUUGUGAAGCAUGUGGUGAAAGAGUACAGAAACAUCUACCCAGAGAUCAUGAAGAGGGCCACACGUACAUUUGAUCAGGUGUUUGGCCUUAAACUGGUCGAAAUCGACCCCAAGAAUCACAUGUACAUACUCGUCAAUAAGUUGGAGACAGCUGAGGGAGCCUCACCGAUAAAUAGCCCAACCAAUCCAAAGAUGGGUCUGCUGUUUGUCAUCCUGAGUGUUAUUUUCAUGAAGGGAGGUGUUGUCAGAGAAAACCUCAUCUGGAAUACACUCAAGAAACUCCGUGUUGACCCCGGAGAGAAACAUGAAGAGUUUGGUGACGUGAAGAAGCUUGUCACUGACGAGUUUGUGCGUCAAAGGUACCUGGAGUACCUGCGAAUCCCUCACACAGAACCAGCUGAGCAUGAAUUUCGCUGGGGUCUACGUGCCGACGAGGAAGUGUCGAAACCCAAAAUCCUCGAGUUCAUGGGUCAACUUCAUGAACAGGACCCUCAGAGCUGGAGUCAGCAGUACAGAGAAGCCCACUCCUCCUCCGCCUCCUCCUCCGCCCAGGCCAGCACCAGCAGCCAGAGAUAACUGUCCUUGUGUUUACGUUGUCUUCUGCCUUGUUUUUAUUUAUUCUGGCUGUUGAUGCUGACGGAGAGAAAGAGCUCAGAGAAGCUGCAUCAGUGCCACGUUUACUUCUCCAAGGUUUGUGGCACUGUGUGGACAAAUGUACUGUUACAGUAUGAAAGCUCACACAUUUGUACAGUCAGUAUCACACAGACAGUGCAUCAGGUAUCCAUUUUCAUUUUAUUGCCUGGACCUUUAUGGUAACAGUUAUUUCAAUAUAUCAAAUUCAGAAAAUAAAUUGUCUUUUUAACA